AUGGCGAGAGUACGCGAUGCGCCCGAAGAGGGGGGCGCAUCUACUGGGGGAGGCGACGACGACGACGUCGUUGAGGGAUGGGCAACCGGUUCGGACCCGCUGUUCUGGCCAGCAGUUCGAAGCACGGCGGACGGCAAGGAGGACGUCAAGCACGUGCUAGUUCACGGCGAACUUCGGGCCGAGGGGGGGGAACGUGGCUGCACGCGUGUACCGGUGGACAAGAGCGACUUGGUGAUGCGCGAUGGCAAGGGGGACUACAGCUUGGUGCCCGAUCUUCAAGUGCGCGACUUGUACGUGGCGAAGAAGAAGAAGGAGGAAGCGCUUUUCUGGCCAGCCCGGCGGAUCGUGGAUGGAGAGACGGAGUACAAACACGUGCACGUCCACGACGGCGAGCGUCCCUGCGGGGACUGCGUGCGGAUAAAACCGAACGCUCUCAACGUCUCACUGCGGUGCGAGUGCCGCGACUGCAAACGCAAGCCGUUUGACAGCUCUUCGCGGGUCCCUUUCAACCCGCGUGACCUGCUGGGGCAGGACGGGCGAGGGGAUUUCUGCUUGGUGCCCGACCACGAGGUCUUCGCCCUCUACUUUCACGACGAGACCACGGCGAAGGAGAACGACGACGGCAGCAACCAGUGGGUGUCGGUGUUGAAGGGCGCCGC